CCAGGCCGCUGCUGGUAGGGAGCACCCCUCGGAGGAAGCAGUGGUUCAGUCGGCGGAGAAGCUCCGAGCCUCCUGUAGCUUCUCUGUGGAUUCACGGGGACGCGCGGCGCUGUGUGGAGUGUGUGUGUGCGCCCACCGAGGCGAAGGAGACCCGAGGAGUCCGCGCUGAAGGAGAAGCUGCUCCGCUCCACUCCGCACGACCAAGCACCAUGGAUGAAGAGGAGCAGUUUGUGAACAUUGAUCUGAACGAUGACAAUAUCUGCAGCGUCUGCAAGCUAGACACAGAAACGGGGACCUUAUCUUUCUGCCAUGUCUGCUUUGAACUCAGCAUUGAAGGUGUCUCCUCUGCCACCUUGUUACAUUCAAAGUCCCUGCGUGGCCACAGAGACUGCUUUGAGAAAUGUCAUCUCAUUGCCAACCAGAAGCUGUCACGUUCCAAGGUCUCCCGAAGUGCCUACGAGGGCAUGAAGCUGGCCCUCAGCCAGAAACUGAACCGCAUCAUCCAGUAUGCCCAGAACAAAGACUCUGUCUCCUCCAACGGCCUCAGCAGACGAGGGACCAAGCUUCUUUGUUACAGCCAGCAGAGUGACUGUAAGCUGUUGCCACAGUCAGAUGCCCAGGUCCCCCGCUACACGCCUUGCUGGGACAUGGGCAAAGCAACAGGGCUGCCUGAUUACGCCAUGGGGAUGUUGGAGUGCCACACAGGGGACGAGUUUGGGCUCCUGCAGGAGUCACAACCUGAGGUUUGGACCAGCGACAGCAGGAGAGGCCAGCGUGGGCACAACCAGCCAUCAGGAGGGGGCCAGACACAGCACAGACACCAGGGCCACAGCAGAGAUGAACUGACCAAAAAGAGUGUAGACGAGCUCCAUCAGCUGAAUUCCCAGCUACUGAUGCAGAUUCAAAAGGUCUUCGAGGAGCUGACUGUGGCCGUGCAAGAGAAAGACUCGCUGGCAUCAGAGCUGCACGUGCGGCACAUUGCCAUCGAGCAGCUCUUUAAGAACUGUGCCAAACUGCCAUGGCUGCAAAUUAGCAGAGCCGGGGUCAAAGCCAGCAGCAGCAGCGGCCCCGUGGAGUGAGGUGGAGAACAUGAUACUUGUAUUUUUGCUGCUGGGUGAAGGCUGACAGACAUGUGAGCGUGCUGGUUGCAGUGAGGCUGGAAAUUCCUUUAUGUAUACUGAGUGACUGCUAUAGCACUAUGGUGACACUGAGCUCUGAGCUCUGCAUUAAAGCCACAUUAAGGGCUGGGUGGACAUGGCCUCUCUUUUCAUGGUUGCAGUGAUGUUAAUGGGGGGGGUUGCUAGAUUGACAGCUGACAUCACAUCACCUAACCCAAGCACCUUGGAUGUGUUGACACCGGGUGGGGCUCAGAGUCCUGGCUACAGUACGUGAUCAGGAAAUGUCCUUACAUUGUCUUUAAAGAAUAACUUUCAAGGUUUUUAGCUUAUCAAACAACAAAAAAAGUUUGUCUGCAUAAUUUCACAUUGACAUUUUAUGUUGGUUUUACUUUCUUUUGAUUAGUUUGAUGUCAACCAUUUUAGUGUCAUUUAAUGUGAGCACUGUGAAACACUCCUUCAAAUGUUAUCUGGUGGCUCUCUGCAGAACGUGGGUAGCCAGUCAGAAGUGAGCUACAGUAUUUUGUUACAAGCGUGGGUGAAUACUUGAAGCACAUUAGGUUGAUGUUUUCCAUCAAAUUAACCAUCAGCCACUGCCAGCUGUGGAGUGUAAUUACUAGUCUUUUGUAAAGCAAAAUUUAGCAAUAUCAUGGUUGGAAACAUGAGUACCCUAAAGCAUCAGUGCAACAAAAACACAUCAGAGUGAUGUUAACUUUACCAGCUGAGCAGGUUUCUGACUGCGGGGGGGGUAAUGGACGAUUUUGGGAGUGUCUAUGAACUAAUACUGUCAAGCAUUAUGUAGAAAUAUCAGUUAACAUACCCUCCCCACAUCUCAAAGAGGUAUUUUCUUUUAUAAAACAUAUUAUUGCUGGUGAUAUUUACUUGACAUUUAGUCCAGAGCUGCUUGUUGUCUGUGGUAGAGCUGUUAAGCACAAGUCAUGUCUGGCUUUACACUGAAAAAGCACUAGUGAAGAAGAAGCUAUUGAGAGAGAAACCCAGCUGACAAACCAAAGUCUGUAGUUGUGGUGUUUCACGUGUGAAUUUGAAGCUUUGAAUAAUUGAUCAUAUUAUAAGAGAAAGAUGCAAUACCAAACUGUGUGAUAAUGAACCGUAGGUUUUAGUCUAAAAGAUGAUGACGUGGAAAGAUUUGGUCUCACAUCCAGGAUGUGUGCAUUUUAUUGAUCUUAUUGAUUAUUUUCAUAUUCGGUGUUGACGUUUGUUGCCCCAUCUCCUGCAUUCAAGGAGUCCCAGCUGAUGUCACAGCAAUACAGAAAGGACAGUUUGGUCUCCUGUGCCUCUGCAAGUCUGUAACUUUUAAACAAAAGGAGACAAGUCCGUUUUUGUCUCCUUUUGUUUAAAAUAGGGAUGGUUUUGACAACCUGCAGUUCUGCUUAGUUUAUUAUUUAGGAACCCUAUGCAAGAAAGAGACAAGUAAAUCAGAAGCCUUAUUAAGUAGAAACUAUGAUAAAGAAUAUUGGCUAUCUGAGUUUUCAGAGCUACCGUUGUAUCAUAAGCUGGGGUAAAACAAGAUUAUAUACAGGUUGAUAAUUGGAAGAACUCAGCUAUGUCAGUAUAUCUCUUUGCGCUCUCUUUGUAAGAGAUUAAAUGCAUUUGAGCCCUUUAGGGUUUCAAGUAAAAUGUUUUUGCUCCAUUUUAGUUUUGGUUUCAUUUUGAUAACUGGUGUAAUUGUUGUGUUUGAGAAGUCUUGAGUUGUGUGUUUUCUGUUUGUGCUUUGAAUAUGAAUGCUGUGUGUUUUCUUUUUUUACUGUGGAAAACAAGCCUGGGCCUGUGCCUCUGUUUUCUCAUUUUCUUUUACUGGGAAUGUUAACAUACCUGUCUGACUUCCACCUCCUUCUGUUUGGACUCACUUGACGUUUUUGUUUUUUUCUAAUGUUGAACAAGGCUUUUUUAAUUUGAGUUGUGUGAUGUUUUAUAUUCUAUUUAUUGUGUGUGUUCUUGGACAUUACACAGGCUGUGUGAUUUGUGCUUAAGCGACUUUGUAUUUUUUGUAAAAAUAUUCCAAUAAAAUUGAA